AUGGGGAACAAGCUGACCUGUUGCCUGAAGCCCAGUGCCAACCCCAAGCUGGGCCGACACUCCAGGCGGGUUGAGCCAAGGUGUGAGCCUGAGGUUUAUGAGGCGGCUGCCAGGGAUGCGGUGGCAGCAGGCACCUCUCCUGCUUCCCCGAAGCCCCCCAAGUGGAAUUUCGGAGGCUUCAAGGGCCUCCACCCGGAGAACACCAGAGGCCCAGAGACGCCCGAAGUGCAAGACAAGAAGAAGAACAAUGAUGUGAUUCAUGGAUUUCCGGGGCGCCUUACUAAAAAGUAUAGGUCAUGCCCAACGGUAUUUCUCGAUGACAGCACAGUCAGCCAGCCGAAUUUCAGAACCACAAUCCAAUGUGUUACCUUGGCGAUACAUGAGCGCAUAAAGAACAGAGUUGGAAACAGAUCCUACGACAUUUUUGACGAAAGAACACAUCCAUUCGCACAAGAACUAAUUACAAGGGACCACUUCAUGCUCGAUCCUGAACUGAAAAUUAUCUACAGAUUUGUCUGUACUCUUUUCAGCGCCGAACACCUAACCGCCGAAUGUGCAAUUGUGACUUUGGUUUACUUGGAAAGGCUUUUGACCUAUACAAAUACUGACAUUUGUCCCACUAACUGGAAAAGAAUUCUUUUGGGAGCUGCUAUCCUUGCCUACGAGUUUUGGGACAAUCAGGCUCUGUGGGAUGUGGACUACUGCCAGCUCAUCGAUAACAUCAUUACAGUCAAGGACAUGAAUGAGAUAGAAAUGUAUUUUUUACAUUUAAUUCACUUUAAUAUUAAUAUUCCUGCCAGUAUGUAUGCCAGAUAUUACUUUGACCUUCGGUCCUUAGCCCAUGAAAACAACCUGCUUGUUCUGUUUGAACCUCUUUGCAAAGAAAGAGCACAGAAUACAGAGGCUAUUUCCAGAUGCUGUAAAGAAAAAGACCUGUGCAGAGCCACUAUAGAAAGAUCUCUUAGUGCUGAAAAUUUUAUUGGCAUGCAAUGGACCAAAGCCAUGCUCUCUUAA